GCUUAUAAAAGAUAUCCAGCGCGGAUAGGCCAUUAGUGGCGAAGAACGAGGAAACACGACGCGUGCGUUCAACUUGCUCGAAGCGUUGGGAAAUGGAUGACGAGCAGGUGAAAAUGCUCAGGAGAGCCUUCUCCAUGUUCGAUUCAACCAAGUCUGGCCGGAUCGAGAAGGAAAAAGUAAGGACAAUCCUCAACACCCUGGGGCACACUUUCGACGACCACGAGCUCGAAGUGCUACUCAAACAGGAAGACGAGGAAGGCAACGGCAAAUUAAAUUUCGACUCGUUCUAUCGGGUGGCUUGCCACUUCCAAGAGGAGGACGACGAGGCCCUGCAGAAGGAGCUGAAAGAGGCUUUCAGGCUUUACGACAAGGAGGGCAACGGCUACAUUCCAACGAGCUCUCUCAGGGAGAUUCUCGCCGCCCUGGAUGAUCAGAUAACACCCGAUCAAAUGGACGGCAUGAUCGCUGAAAUUGACACCGACGGCUCCGGCACGGUCGACUUCGAUGAGUUUAUGGAGAUGAUGACCGGUGAUUAAGCUCGACCACGGAUGCACCGUCUCGCGUGAGAGGAACGCCUGCAUUUUCUUCCUACGACACUUCCAUUAAUCGUGGACGAAGAACUCGCUCUUUCUCUCUCUCUCUCUUGAAAUUGAAAUUGAAAUUCCACGGGAGAAAGUCGUCAACGCAUUUACUACAUUUCGGUGCAAAGCGAGCAAAAGAUGCAACAAAGGAUCCACGAGGGAGCAUUGUUUCUUUUUUCCCUGCCGUGUCUGUUCGCUCACAGUGUACAAAAAUCAUGAAGCGUUCGAUUAAACGUUAUCUUUGCCGAUCGUA